GACCUGGAAAAAUUUCAUGGUCGGCUGCAGAUGUGAAAGCGACUGCCGUCGACUUGAAAGCAUCUUUGCCGCUUUCGGUGACCCAGGUCAUCACUGCCAAGGAGUGGCGCGGAGGACCACUUGUCCAGCUUGAGGACACCAUUUCUCGCCCUGCUGCCUCAGAUUUGAUCGUAAAUUACUGGUUCAUCAAGGCAUUCGUUCGAAAGUGCCCCGACAAGGUGCCGUCUGCCUUUUUUGUAGCUGAUGUCAUACUCUACAUGGACCGACUUUUUUGCGAGCGCCUACUGAUUGCGCAGAAUCCGGGAGAAACCAAAAAAAGCCUCGCCGGUGAAGAAGGCAAGAAGAUCAAGGCGAAGUCGCAUGGGCACGCUGACGAGUCUAGCUCGGACAAUGGUGAUGAGCAGGCUGAGAGCGUCCAUGGCAGCUCUGAUGGCCACCUCCCACCGGCCCAGGAGCAGGUGGAGGGUGAUUCUGUUGCUUGCCCUGCAGAUGAUGAUGUAAAGAUGGUUGAGGCUGCUGAGAGCGACGAUGAACUUGAUGCAACAACCCUCCCGGGUCCAGGCGAUGUUGCCAGCCUUGCAGACGAUGACGAGGAGAUGCCUCCUUUGACCCACCCGUCACCAGAGAGGGAUCAGGCAAAUGAAGAGGCAGAUGAAGAGUCUUCCAGUUCUCAUGGAGGCUAUGACUGCUUCUUUGAGUCGCCCGAGUGUGGAAACAGUGGGCCGCCAAGAAAUGAGCUGAUCGAGAUGUGCUUGGGAUUGAUGCAAUACCUUUCGCAAGAGCACCCAGACAUCAUGAAGUGCCUUGGUGGAAGGCAUUUCCACAUGGUGAACUAUAUGGACCACUGCGAAUGGAGCUUCAGCAGAUUCGGCAUCCGGGCAACAAGUUGGCUGAGCACCAAAGAGCACUUUGCUCGUUGGUUGAAACGAUUCAAUGAGCUUAAUCGCACCAGUGAUUGCAAUAAGGUCUUGGACGGUAGAGCUAAUGCAGAUCUCACCGCUGAGACGCAUGCUGCAGCUGGGAUCGUGUGCCGGAAGCCUGCUGAGGAGGCUUUGGGCUUCAAGCGAGCCCGCGAGGAAUCUACAGCUGGUGCUCCAAACGGCGCAGGGGAAGGGGCAAAAGCCACAGAACCCAAAGCUAAGAAACCGAAGAAUGGCAAAGAGCAGAAACGGGAAAAGACUGAGGAACUCACCAUUGCUGGUGAUAAGUUCAAAACAUAUGAUUUGAAGGCUUUGCAGGCGAUCGAGGUUCUGCUGAAGAACAAAGCCUUUGUUGUCAAGCGCAUUGGCGCCCCAGCGAACGGUGAGGAAAACACGGACUCUGAGGGUGGCCGAACUGGUCAAAUCACGUGGGCCAAAAGCGGUGGGUGUGAGGCAUCGUGGGUGAAGGAAGUGCCCAUGCAGCCACAAGCAACCAAUGCGCUGCAGGUGUGGAUCGUGAUCUUGAUCUUCCCGCUGCCUGCUGUGUUGGGCAGCAUGGUGAAAGGUGUUUCUGUGAAGGCUAGGCGUGCAAAUGCCAGUAUGCCGUUCAAGCAGAAUGGUGCUGCUGACAAACCAACAACUUGGAAGCAGAAGCGCAAGCAAUCAGUGCUUGCCGGCCUCCGCUUCAUGAAAGCGCCGAUGGUGCUGGCUGCCCUUUGCAGUUUGAUGUUUGCCAACAGCCAGCUCAAUUUUAAGCCCUUGGACCACUUAGAGCUUUUUGCUGGCGUGCACUCUAUCACUUCUGGUGAGUGGAAGGAAUCCCGGCAUGCUAUUCCGAUGGACUUGACGUAUGACAAGGAUGGAGGCCAAGACAUUUUGACACCCGUUGGGUUUUGCAACAUGCUCUACCAAGUGCUGUCCCUCAGACCGGGGGGGGCCUUAUGGUCUGCUCCGGUUUGCUCGUCGUCGCGGGGCAGCACUCAAAGACGAUCUGACAAUCCCAUGGGCUGCACAUCGUCUCCUUCAGUCGCGGCAGGAAACCUGAUGGUUGCAAGGCUUACCAUUUUGCUGGCCAUAGCGGUAGCAAAGGGGUGCAUGUGGUCCCUUGAACAGCCAGUGAACAGCUUGUUGGAUGGCCACGUCCUCUUUCAACAAUUUCUUCGCUUGAAGCAGGUGACAUGCUACCGUGUUUCAACUAGCUUAAGCUGGUUUGGCGCUGACACUCGCAAGCCUAUCUGGGUCUAUUCAAGCAGACGUGAGAUUCAGGAGCUGAAUGACUUUGCAGACCGCUCUCUGCGUCCUGAGAACCAAUCAGAGAUGAUUGUGAGGUACGAAGACUCUGAGGGAAACAAGCGGAUCAAGGGGGGGUCUGACUUGAAAGCAAGUCAAGCUUAUCCAAAGAAGCUCAUUCCCAUGCAAAUAGUAUGGAAGUUUCGCCAUUAA